UCAACUAAUUAGAAGAUGGAAACUUGGAGAUGUCUGCUAUUCGUGAGCUUAAUAAUGGGAAUUAUGAGUGUAAAUGGGCAACUAAGUGACAACUUUUACAGAACAACAUGCCCCAACGUCAAUUCCAUAGUUAAGCAAGCGGUUUCCAACAAGUUCACUCAAACCUUCACCACCAUUCCUGCCACUCUUCGUCUCUUCUUCCACGAUUGCUUCGUCGAGGGUUGUGAUGCGUCGGUGAUGAUAGCAUCUCCAAACGGAGAUGCAGAGAAGGACGCCGAUGAUAAUUUGUCUCUAGCUGGAGAUGGGUUUGAUACAGUCGUUCAAGCCAAAAGGGCCGUCGAAGCUCAAUGCCCUGGAGUUGUUUCCUGCGCUGAUAUUUUAGCUCUUGCAGCUAGAGACGUUGUUGUUCUGGCCGGAGGACCUUCUUUCACUGUAGAAUUGGGUCGCCGAGAUGGGUUAAUCUCUCAGGCAUCUAGAGUUCAUGGAAAUCUUCCUGGACCUGACGAUAAACUUAACACACUCAAUUCCAUGUUUUCCAAACACGGCCUUAACCAGAUCGAUAUGAUUGCUUUGUCGGGUGCCCAUACCUUGGGAUUCUCUCAUUGCGACCGAUUUGCAAACCGAAUCUACAACUUCUCGGCGGGAAAUCCGGUUGAUCCGUCUCUUGACCCGACAUACGCUCAGCAGCUUAUGCAAGCUUGUCCAAGAGACGUGGACCCGAGGAUAGCAAUCGAUAUGGACCCGGUUACUCCAAGAACGUUUGACAAUGUUUAUUACCAGAAUCUUGAAGCCGGAAAAGGAUUGUUCACUUCCGAUCAGGUGCUUUUCACUGAUAGGAAAUCUCAAUCUACGGUUAAUGAUUUUGCUAGGAGUGAUGGAGUCUUUAAUGCCGCGUUUGGAACAGCUAUGAUCAAGCUUGGUAGAGUUGGAAUCAAGACUGGUAAUAAUGGACAGAUCAGGAGAGACUGUUCUGCCUUCAAUUAGUAAUUUAUUUUUUUAUUGGGUGGGGUGGGUAAA